AUGGGUCCUAACUCCAUGGCCAGCACUCCGGCUCCGGGACCUUUCGCCUCGACCGCGGGCGGAUUUGGCGGAUUCGGCCAGCAAUUUGGCGGUGGCCCGCCCAACAACUACGCCCUCCCAUCCGGCGGGCUGGGUAACGCCCCCGGUGCCUACCCUCCUAUGGGCCAGGUCAACUCUGGCUACGGUUCAUCUAGCACCUCUCACUCCGCUGCAUCAUUCGCCAACCCGGCCACCCAGGCCGCGUUCACUGGCGCAGACCACGGCGUACCGUCGACCAGUGCUUCCAACGGCGCUUUCUACGGCGGUGCCGAGGGCUCUAGCGAUCCCUUCGCCUUCCUGUCGACUGGUCUCGGUGGUCUGACCGUUGCGGAUGAUCCUCACUCGCGCCGCAACGGUGCUGGUGCCAACAAGUCUCCCGCAUAA